AGUAUUGUUUCCAUGAUGGAUUGUCGAAUCAUGGUUAUGGGUUCAGUUAUCAUGGACGAAGCUACUACCUUAGCUGAAAUGGCACAUCGCGAAUAUCAAGCGAGAAACUAUCAUCGAGCCGAACAACUGUGUAUGCAACUCUGGAGAAGAGAUCCCUCAAAUACUGGUGUUCUGUUGCUCUUGUCUUCUAUUCAUUUUCAAUGUAGACGAAUGGACAAAUCAGCACACUUCAGUACUCUUGCCAUAAAACAGAAUCCUGUACUCGCUGAGGCAUACUCAAAUCUUGGGAAUGUAUACAAAGAAAGAGGACAGUUAAAGAAUGCUUUGGAUAACUAUAGACAUGCUGUGAAACUAAAGCCAGAUUUUAUUGAUGGUUAUAUAAAUCUUGCAGCAGCGCUUGUUGCUGCUGGUGAUCUUGAAGGAGCUGUACAAGCUUAUGCCACUGCACUACAAUACAAUCCAGAUCUGUUCUGUGUCAGAAGUGAUCUAGGUAACCUUUUGAAAGCUUUAGGGCGCCUAGAAGAUGCUAAGGCAUGUUAUCUGAAAGCAAUUGAAACUCAGCCAAACUUUGCUGUUGCUUGGAGCAACCUUGGAUGUGUAUUUAAUGCUCAAGGAGAGAUAUGGCUUGCCAUCCAUCAUUUUGAAAAGGCUGUUCAGCUUGAUCCUUCAUUUCUUGAUUCUUACAUCAACCUUGGUAAUGUGUUAAAAGAGGCAAGAAUAUUUGACAGGGCUGUUGGAGCUUAUCUUCGUGCAUUGCAGUUAAGUCCAAACAAUGCUGUUGUUCAUGGCAAUCUUGCUUGUGUCUAUUAUGAGCAAGGUCUCACAGAUUUAGCUGUUGAUACAUACCGGAGAGCUAUUGAGCUUCAGCCAAACUUUCCUGAUGCAUAUUGUAAUCUUGCCAAUGCACUGAAAGAACAGGGAAAGAUUGAUGAAUCAGAAGAAUGUUACAAUGUUGCUUUGCGACUCAGUCCAUCACAUGCAGACAGCUUGAAUAAUCUUGCAAACAUUAAACGUGAGCAAGGUUACAUUGAAGAAGCCAUCAAGUUGUACUGCAAAGCACUAGAGGUGUUUCCUGAAUUUGCUGCUGCUCAUUCUAAUCUAGCAAGUAUAUUACAGCAACAAGGAAAACUGCAAGAUGCUCUUUUGCAUUACAAAGAAGCUAUCAGAAUUCAUCCAACAUUUGCUGAUGCAUAUUCUAACAUGGGAAAUACUCUCAAAGAAAUGCAGGAUAUUCAAGGAGCAAUUAAUUGUUAUAGCCGUGCCAUUCAGAUUAAUCCUGCAUUUGCUGAUGCUCAUAGUAAUUUAGCAUCAGUUCACAAAGAUGCUGGAAAUAUUUCAGAAGCAAUCCAGUCAUAUAAAACUGCUUUAAAACUUAAACCAGACUUUCAUGCCUACUGUAAUUUGGCCCAUUGUUUACAGAUUAUUUGUGAUUGGAGUGAUUAUGAAUCAAGAAUGAACAAACUGAUUAACAUUGUGAAUGAUCAGUUGGAGAAAAAUCGACUUCCAUCAGUUCAUCCCCAUCAUAGUAUGUUGUAUCCUCUAACAAGUGAUGUACGAAAGCAAAUUGCCAACAGGCAUGGAAACCUUUGUGUUGAAAAGGUAGCACUUCUCAAAAAACAACCUUACAUGCAUCCUAAAGAUUUAAAAAGCAGUGAUGGUCGUUGUAUUGGUUAUGUAUCCAGUGACUUUGGAAAUCAUCCAACAUCACAUCUUAUGCAGAGUAUUCCUGGUUUUCAUGAUAGAUCUAAUGUAGAGAUCUUUUGCUACACACUAACUCCCGAUGACAACACAAGUUUCUUCAAAAAGAUAUCAAAAGAAGCGGAUCAUUUUGUUGACUUAUCUCAGAUACCAUGUCAUGGGGCAGCAGCCGAUCGUAUAAACGCAGAUGGUAUUCAUGUCUUGGUCAACAUGAACGGUUACACUAAAGGUGCUAGGAAUGAAAUAUUUGCACUUAAACCAUCGCCAAUUCAGGUUAUGUGGCUUGGAUAUCCUGGUACAAGUGGCGCCCCAUAUAUGGAUUAUAUACUCACUGAUCGUAUAACAUCACCUAUUGAACACAGCAGUUCGUAUUCAGAGAAAUUGGCGUAUAUGCCAAACAUUUUUGUUGGUGAUCAUCGACAAAUGUUCCCACAUCUUAUGCAACAUUUGCGAACUUCCAGCGAAAAUCAGAGUAAUCCUCAGUCCCCGUCUUUACAACAAAAAUUUAAGUUUACACCUGAAGUUGAUGUUAAUCUUCACGAUAAAGUCGCCAAGUUAGUUGAUUGGAAAAGUCGUGAUUAUAAUGGUUGUAAAGACAGUGGAGAACGAGUUCCAUCCGUAUGGCCAGCAACAUAUCGCUCGCAAUAUGGUCUUCCCGAAGAUUGUUUUGUCUAUUGUAAUUUCAAUCAACUGUACAAGAUUGAUCCCGCGACUUUAAAAAACUGGGCUAACAUACUGAAACAAGUACCAAACAGCAUUUUGUGGUUGCUUCGUUUUCCUGCUGUUGGUGAACCAAAUAUUAAAGCACAUAUACAAGCUUUUGGUUUGAGUGCUGAUCGUAUAGUGUUUUCUUCCGUCGCCCCAAAAGAAGAACAUGUACGACGUGGUCAGCUUGCAGAUGUUUGUCUUGAUACUCCAUUAUGUAAUGGUCAUACAACUGGUAUGGAUGUUCUCUGGGCUGGUUGUCCUAUGGUUACAUUACCCCUCGAUACUCUAGCAUCUCGUGUAGCAUCAUCUCAACUUCAUGCACUUGGAGUUCCAGAACUCUCCGCUAAAUCUCGCGAUGACUACGAAAAUAUUGCGAUUAAACUCGGAACUGACUGCGAUUUCUAUGGCGAUAUCAAGAGGCGUGUAUGGAAUGGCAGGUUAGAAAGUCCAUUAUUCAACAACAGACAAUAUGCUCACGAUAUGGAGAGAAUUUACAGAAAAAUGUGGGAUAGAUAUUCCAAUAAUCUUGAUCCUGACCAUAUUUUGUAUUAAACUUUCAAACACGAAUGUUUAAAAUUGAGUGGAGGGAGGUUAUUCAGAAACAGUCUCAUCUUUCUCUUAUCUAUACGUGUUUGUUAACCCAUCCUUCAUCAUUCUUGUUGUUUUUCGUGUGGAAAAUUACGAACACCGAGGGAUUUAUAGACGCUCUUACUUUAACCUCAGUUACUGUAUAGAAACAUCUCGAGGGAAGAUAUUGUGAAACAUUUUUUAAUAUAGUUAAAAUGAUGUUAUUAGCAGUGGUUAUUAUGGAACAGAAACCCUAUGCUUAAGAAGAAUGUUGAUUAGGCUUUUGCUGCUUUGUUCAGGGUAUUUUUAUUUUUAAACAUAAGAGACUGAAUUACCACUUAGCCGCUCUUGUUGCUGAAGCAUAUAAAUUUUGUACUAUAGUAUAUAGAUGUGGGAUCAUGGAUGAUCAAAUGACUCGCUCUAUAAUAAUGUGAACUAAUUUCCAAGUUGUAAUUUAGAAAAAAAUCAUCGAAACCGUGUAUGAUUGGAUGAACCGCUAUGGAAGCAUAAAUUUAUUAACGCCAGUCUUGGAAAGUAUCUUAGAUAAGUUGUAAUUAAAUUGUUCUUGGACUCAA